AUGCCCGAUCUUCGUCGCCAAAUCUUCGAGAGCGGCAAGACCGUCUCGCGGAAGGCUGCUUCUCGAGAGGCCUCCCGCACUAACUCCCGCGCAAGCUCCAAGCAAACCUCUCGCCAGUCCUCGCGAAAUGCGAGUCGUCAGGCAUCCGAUGAUGAGGACUCGGGCUUCCUAUCUGAUGACACUGCUCUGAGUAUCGGCUCUCUCGACGACGAGAAUCCCGAGACUGAAAAUGUCGACUGGCCCCAGGAGCUGUCCGACCGUAUGGCCGAGAUCCUCGAUCGCAAGCGAAGCAGCGUUCAGGGCCGCGAAGAGGCGCUCGCUGCAUUCUGCCGUCUGAUCAAGUACCACUAUGCAGAGGAAGAGACUCGCCCCCACAUCACCGAUCUGCUGAGUGCAUUCGCACGGAGCAUUCGCAGCGAGUCUAGCACUCGCGAGACGACCUUGGCUCUCCGUGCAAUUGAGCUGCUGGUAAUUACCUCGUGUGAUGAUAAGAUCUACGAGAAUGCUGAGCCACUGCUCACCCGCUGCAUUCGCGACUCGACUUCUAAUGCGGUCAAAGCGGCUGCGAUCUACUGCCUCGGCGCAUGCACGAAUUUUGGCGGCGCAGGCGAGGAAGGAAUCCUCGAGCAGAUGACGUUCCUUUUGGAUAUCAUCGCUUCGGACGGACAGUCCAUCGACGCUAAUGAUGACCCAAUCAGCGUCACCGCUGCCCUUCACGUUUGGGGCUUCCUCCUCUCGGAAGUCGAUGACUUUGAAAGCGAGAGUGAAGAAGCUGUUCAAAUCUUCAUCGACCAGCUCGACAGCAGCGACUCGGGCGUUCAGAUCGCCGCGGGUGAGAACAUUGCCCUCCUCUAUGAGAAGAGCUACACACCUCAAGAGGACGAUGAUGACGAGGAUAGCGAGGAAGAGGAAGAGGGUGAUGAACAUGCCAACAUCCAUCCUUCUGGUGGGCGUAAGCUGAUCAAGCGGUACAACGCCUACCACAAUACCCCGGAGCUGGAACGCCAACUUGCCAGCCUAGCGACCGUGCACUCGAAGCGCAUCAGCAAGCGAGACAAGAAGUCGCUGCACGGAAACUUCGCCUCAAUCUUGACCACGGUCGAGAACCCUCGUCGCGGACCGCGAUACAACAUGGCCAUCGACCAGGACACCAACCGACACUACGGCAGCACCCUGACCGUCAAGAUCGGCCGCCACGGGAUCAUGACUAUCGACCGGUGGUGGAAGUGGGUGCGAUUGCAGUCACUGCGUCGAAUCCUGCAAGGUGGUUUCGCCGAGCAUUAUUUCCAGGGUAAUAGGGCUGUCCUGGAGAAUUUGCCGGUCAUGAUGCGUACAAUGGCCGAGGCUAGCGGAUCGGAUGAUCGUCAGACAGCCAGGCGGGCGGCUAGGAUGCGCAAUUCUAAGCGCUGGGCUGCUCAUUCUGAUGACGAUGUGGAUAUGGAGUGA